GGCUGAAGACAUUCAAGUAGAGAAAGAGGAGAAGAAAGAGCUCAGAUAAUUUUCUUUUGCAAGUGUUCGCCCCAAACUCGUACAUGCACUCGUAGAUUUUGUAGUGAGGGCGUUGAGUUUGAAAACUGACCACCACGCUAGCUAGGAUAACGUCAUCAGAGCUUGGUUCAUGUUCAGGUGAACGCUCAGAUCUGCUGCUCCACGUUGAGCACUGACCAAGUAGGGCUGAGUUGCUUGAGUUGAUGGUGGAAAUACUUGUUCAGUGACUGUUGGUCACUUCCAAUGCUCUUCGUUUCAUCUUGUACGAGUCCCUGGGUUGCGCUGAAGGCCGCGGUCUUCCUUCGUGUAGGAGAUGAGUUAUGAGUUAGAAUUUGAUGGCGAACGGCAGCCCUUUUCUUCACCAACCACUGCUGCUGAGCAGGACGAAUGGGAGCCUGGCCAUCUAGCUGCUGGCCAGCAUGCGUCCGACUACAGACCGUCAGUGGAAAUAGUCCAGACCAACCUUUCAACCUGUAAUGAAAAAGCAGGAGAAUACAUGUACAAUGCAAAUGUGUCUCUCCUGGACCGCAACCCACAAGUAGGUGGUGCGUGUGGUCUUGUUAACCUCGGCAACACCUGCUACUUCAAUGCAGCUGUCCAGUGUGUUCUCUCUGUUCCACAACUGGCCAAUUUCUUUCUUCAUGAAGAUGGUGGCUAUCGGUCUCUGUAUGAGAGCGCUCUUGGAACAGAAGCAGCGGCAGCAGCAUCUGUCUCCACAGAAGAAUCUUCCCCUGAUGUCCAGCUGAUUUAUGACAGUGAUGAGAUUCCUUGCACUCAGCCAGUGCCGGAGAAAACCGACAGCGUUUCAACUACUGCUGCUGACACUACCUCCAAGGCUAGUGUUGAAAAUUCCCAAUCAAAGAAGCUGUCCUUAGCUACAUUACAGCUAUGCGGUUUGAUGUCUCAAGCCUGGUCUGGUAGACACUCUGAGCUGAACCCAUCUGGUCUGCAUUCGGCUGUUGGUGAUGUGCAUAACCAGUUCAAGAACUUCUUGCAGCAUGACAGCCAGGAGCUAUUGACAUUCCUACUGAAUAGUGUCCAUGAAGAUAUCCAGAAUCAGACAAAGGUGAUGAAAAGCAAGCAACGCACCUCCUCUUCCAACCUUAGUUGCGGACCUAUGCAGUUUGAGCGGGAGACAAAGUCUGUUGCAGAGCCAACCCCAGCUACUUCAAGCUGCUGUGAUGUUGGUCACGUAUCUCGCUUCAAGUCACAACUUUCCAGUUGUAGGGAGCAUGAUGCAUGUAGUAGUGAUGAAGUUCACAAUCCUGCCACUGCUCGUCUGGUCUCUGGUAGGGAUGCUGCUGGUGUUGCAGCAUCUGAUGUCAAGUUUGCACCACCGAGCUUUUCCGAAGAUGCAAAUGUGGUGCAGGUCAAAGCUCUCCGUCGUUCAUCUCCUAAACAAGGUGGACUAGACGCAUCAUCUCCCAAAGUUCCAUGCAUAUCGGAAGAUGAUAGUCCUCCAACGUUCUGUUCCUCUGCUCAUGCUGCUGCUGGCUUAGUUCAACCUGCUCCUGUCAAUGUUAGGACGAAAGCUACUGUGGAACGACUGGCUGUCUGUCAAGAUCAGCACACGGCAGCGCGCUCAUCCCUUGAAAGCACUGAUGAUGAUGAUGGUGAUGAUGAUGAUGAUGAUGAUGAUGACAGACAAGUGUCCCCUGCUUGCUCUCUGCCAUCUGAGCAGUAUUAUGCGAGUGAUGCUGGUAGUGAGACUGAAGAUUAUGAUGAACGCGGUAAUGAUACAACCAGUGGACACCAUUGCACAUCCGAUAGUCUAACUGAGCACAUGGAGGACUCUACCAUGACCAUAGCACUCUCUCAUGAGAAUCCAUGCGAAGCAGCUUCUGGAAGUGAAUCUAAUGAAGAUACAAUUGUGAGCGACACAUUUCAAGGUGAAUUCCGCAGCCAGAUUGUUUGUAGCAAGUGCAAGAAGGCGUCGAUUCGCAAAGAACCAUUCUUAUGCCUCAGUGUUCCGUUGCCAGGUGCCACUGAAACUCAGUUGUCCAUUGUGUGGGUGCCAAUGAAGGGUUUAAAGCGUCGCUAUCUUAUCACUCUUCACAAGCGCUCUCUGAUUGGUGAUGUCAAGAAGAAGCUAUGUGAGGUAUUGGCAUCAGACUUUGGAGAAGACGCAGCUGAUAUUGGCAAAAUGGUUGCAGCACUUGUGCGCUCAGGAUAUGUACGAAACACCUUGAUUGAUGGCGUUGCCAUUUCCUCCAUCCUGUCUUCUCAAGAGCUUUACAUCUUCGAGACGAAUGUACCCAACGAGUGCCCAGUUGCAGUGGAUGUAGAUGCGCUCACACCGCUUAUAUCUGGCACGAAACUGGAGUCUUCAUCCUUGCUGUGGAACUUCUCACAGGAUAACAAGAUCUUGAAGAAGUCGUUGCCAGUGUCUGACACAGAUUCUGGCUUCACCCAGAGUAGUGGAUCAUCAACAACUGAAGCUGAGAAGCCUGAUUGUGCUAACUAUUCGUCCCCAGCCACCCACUCCACACUGGAAUCAUCUGUCUUGUAUGGAGAUGUGUCUGGUGCUUUACCGGACAUACAUAGCCCGUCACCCGCAGAUAGGUACAUGUCUUCAGUACACAUGAGCAGCAGCAGCGGCGGUGGCAGAACUGACGGCUAUCUUGAGAAGGAUAGCAGUGGUCCUGCUGUGACCGUAUGCACCUCUACUCUGACCAGCGUGCAGGAAACACUAUCAGCUAUGUCCACUACACCUCUGUCAACCCUAACUGACACUAUGCAUACUAGAGCCAGUACCGGCAAUGUUUCCUCACUUCCACCACCAUCAUCGUCAUCAUCGUCAUCAUCGGCAGCAGCAGCAACGUCUUUGUCACAAUCACCUGUUGACUGGCAGCGUCCCGGUGCUAGUGCAACUGUAGUGUGCAGUACACCAGUGCAAAGCAGUGCAGCUGCAGUCACUACUUCACUGCAUAGUCCUGUAGCAAGGGGUGAUUGCAGUCACAGUCCACCAGUACAGCAGCAGCAGCAGCAGCAUUCGAACGAUAGCGGUCUGGCUAGUAGAGCUAGUGUGCUCUCUGGUGAAGAUUCUGCCGGCUCAUUACCAGACAAGAGUGCCACAGGCAUGUCGGUAGCUUCCACUUAUAGUUCUUGGGCUGGGACUGCAUCGUCUCAUCCCUCAUCUGGCUUGACCACGGAUGUGGAAGCCUACUUAUUGGAGAAUUCCUUUGCGCCAGUAAAUGUAGAGCAAGCGGUGCCUAGUCCACAGAGCAUAGGCUCUAGUGGGGAUAGUGUAACUGGUGCCAGUGAAGUCAGCUGUGAUUCCCUUGCAUCCACACGCCAUGCUUUUGCCACUAAACUCACCAGCAGCCAGACUUCAGACGGACAGCAGUGUCCUGUGGCAGCAGCACAUGUUGAACUGUCUCUAGAAGGUGAUUCGGACAGUAUUGACAUUCCUGUCACAGCAUGUGAUCCGACACCAGCACUAUUCAUGGAGAGUGAAGAGGAUGCUCGUCGCUCACCCGAUGUGUCUUUGGAUUAUGCAUUGGCCAUGGAAUUGGAAGCGGAAGAUGAAAGGAGAAUGAACGCCGAGCUGGACUUGACGUCGGACCACUUCAGUAAUUCACGUGCUGAGGAGACAGGCGCUGACUUUUCAGAUCUGGUUGUUCAAGGCUGCAGCAUUAAUCCCGACAAGCUGAAAUCGCACCUGUCAGUGUCAUCUAGCAAUGUGUUAGCAGCUGGUGUGGACGUUGAGCCCAUGUUGUUGGAGAACAUGGACACGGCUGACACUUGCUCCUCCAUUGCCAAUACUAUACACAUAGAUGAGAAGAGCAGCAUGGCCGCCGCCGCCGUCAUCGUCGUGGCCACGUCACCAGCCCACUCAGGAGUAACUAAUGAUGUUGUUACUUCUGUCAAUGACGAUGUCAGUGCGUAUGUGAGUGUGCAGCAAAGUACCGCGCUCACGGACGGUGCUCCAUUUCAAGAUACAAGCAUGCUGCAAUGCCCUAUAUGUAUGGACGACAAGCGUAAUGAGGAGCUGAUGGUUCACAAAGGCUGUUCUGCUUUGCUUUGCAAGACUUGUGUUGAGGAUGCAAAAAACCGACCCAGCGACACUCGUGUGUUCCAUUGUCAUGUUUGUCAAGCAUCAGCUAACAUGGCCGAAGAUUAUGUGCCAAGAUGGCAGAACAAGACUCCUGUAGCAUUCAACAUUCAACUACCAGUUGCUAUCCGUCAUCGCACACACCCGAAUGAAAUGCUUCUCAACCAGUUUUCAUCGCCGUGUGUCCUAUUCCUGAUCAAUGUACCCAACCAUUGUGAUGCAGCUGAGUUGUAUAGCAUUGUACGUGACAGGCUGGAUCAUGCCUGCUCUUUGCCCACAACUUGUUCUGGAUCGUCGCUGUCUCUCUCAACAGCUGCCUUGAAGUCCAGGAAUGCUAUACAGUCUGGUCAAUUCGUUCUCUCCGUUGUGGACCCAAUAACAUCGAAAUGCAGCUACUGCUCUCCGUUCACAUGUCCAGGAUGUGUUGUACCACGCACUGGUAUUGUACAGUUACGCUCAUCCGAUGUGUUGGCUGUCACUUUCAAUAUCUCACUACACCAACAGUGUAUUGAUGGGCUGGAACUGAUCAUGAAUGAUGCGAGUAUAGCGGAUUAUAGGGACAAUGAUUUCAUACCCCUGUCACAGUGCUUGGAAGACUUCAUCAAAAUCGAGCAGCUGGGUGGCUCGGACCCGUUUGACUGCCCACAUUGUGAGAGUAAGCAAGAGGCUGUGAAGAGCAUCACAGUUUCUCGCUUACCUCCGGUUCUUCUUCUGCAGCUCAAGAGGUUCACUUGUGACGGGGCAUUUGGCGGUGAAAAAUUGGAAAAUGCGGUACGGUUUGCCCUGACAGAAGUUGACUUCAGCAGUGUUCUAUACGCAGGCAGUGAAGACGACGAUGUUGUGUACACUGAUACAGGCAGUGAUGCUGAAAUGGAUACUGGUGGAGAUGAUGAUGAUGAUGAUGAUGAUGAUGAUGAUGGUACGUGUGGUAUGACUGAUGUGUGUAGCCGUAUCGAUGAGGACAAGCUGGUCAGUGAGUACGAUAAUCAGCAGAAGUACCAAGAAGAUGAUGAGUGUGACCAUGGUCACCAGGAACAUGGCUAUACUGCUGGUGAUGAUGCAUUGAGUGUGGAUGGGAAGGCUAUGGAUAUGAGUGGUGUAUCAGCUGCACCGGCACUGAGCUCUACUGUCAAGCAAGACCACACUGACAGAACUGCUGCUGCUAAGGAGUGUGUCUACGAUGUUACUGCAUUCAUUUGCCAUAGUGGAGGGCUGCGUGCAGGGCACUACACAGCGUUUGCCCGUCACCCAGUCAAUCUACAGUGGUAUUACUACAAUGAUCGCCAUGUUGUUCAGCGUACACCGACAUUGGAGGACAUGGAUAAGGCCUAUGUGCUGGUUUAUUCCAAACAUGUGAGCCAACCUGUCUCUGUGCCAACGCCUCACUGGUCUUUGGAGCUGAAAGGAGUAGAGGCUCCACCACCAGCACCACCUCCUCUACUACCACCGCCGUUGAUGUCAGCAGCGGAUGUAGCCUCAUUUAGUCCAUGUGACCCUGUGUUCCCUGCCAAUAUUACUCUUCGCCAUGAUCCCCCAUCAGCUGACACAACCCGAGACUUGGUAGAGGUUGCAAACCGACUGCAAAUGACCAAUGACUCCAAGCUAAAACAACAUGAAGCUGAACGCGAAGAGUUAUUUGGUGCACGCACACCAUCACCAACCGUAUCACCAUUGAAUAGUGGAUCACCAACACAAGCCAGCGUCAACCUAAGUCUGAAUAAACCAACGCCAUCAGAUGGAGCGUUGGAAGAGUUCACGCAGAGUGCAGCUGCUGCUAGUACUGAUGUUGGCAGUGUUGGCAGUGUGGGCACAGGUGCUGGUCUCUUCAGUGAUGGCUACGACUCCUUUGCCAAUAUCAAUGCUAUGACUGAAGAAGAGCAGUUAAAUCUAGCAACGGAAAUGAGUCUGCGUGACUUUCACCAAGAUUCAACUGCUGCUACACAUGGUGCACUGCAGCAGCAGGUACCCCACUUGUCCAGUAUGUCAAGUGUUGAAGUAGACGCUGGGGACGUGAGUAGCACACGCACCAGCGGUAUCACUAGCAAUAUUGCUGCGGAGUGUGGCAGUGCAUCCGCUAUUGGAUUUGAUAGCAGCUGGUCAAGCACACCACCUCCUCGCACUGCUUGGUCGAAAUUGAGCAGCAACAGCGAUAUUGUCACAUGCAGCAGUAGUUCAUCUGCACCACACGUGUCUUCCACUGUCACGUCCUCAUCCUCCUCCUCGUCGUCAUUGUCAUGCGCCCGAACACAACCUAUGUCUACUGGUCGUAUGGACACCACUAGUAGUAACAUGCCAACCAGUACUAGUGCUGCUGAUGCUGGAGCUGUGUAUCCAAAGGGUACCGACAUGAUCAGCUGUCCGUACUGCUCAGAUUUUGUGCAUGAUCUGUAUCUGCACCAAAUGGAAUGCGCUACAGCACGUAGUUUUCUAACGCAACCGACAAGUACAGCAGCUACAGCAGCAGCAGCAACGAUGACCACGGGAGAUGACGAGCAGGGUCCUGCUGGCGAAGCAACAUCUGCUAUUGCCAUGGACAUCUCAGAUGAAUAAACACCAUCAUGCUGUGACUAUGUCGCUCGGGUCACAUCCACCACUUGCACUACUACAGGUACUGCUGGGUGUCGUGGUCAUGCUAGCAGUCAGGCCUCCGCCAUUACAGCAGGUAGUGAUGUUUCUGAUUGUGAACAAGACAGAGAUUCGGAUGUGUAGAGCACACUUAUGUUGGCAAUUUUGCAACCUUGCCUUUUACUCAUUUAAUGUACUACACGCACUGCUGCUGCUAUCCUUUGCUGCUUUUAAAAGCGUGCGUGGGUAUGUCGGGACACGUUGUGUUCAUGCUUAUCUUUGCUUUGACAUGUUGUGUCGCGGCUUGUUGGAGACUGUCGUUUGUGUUGUUUUGUUCCUCGCCUCCUCAUGCUGUUUAUUCAUUCUCGCCAUUUUUCUUUGGCCCGUUCCACCCAGUCUCGAAUAGCACAUUGCGUGGUGAUCAUCCGCUACUCGUCAGCCUCACACCUCUUUGUCUAAUUUUAUUUUAGCCCAGUACCAAAAAAACCAAACCAGCUUUUGACUUUUCGACAAGUUUUCGUUAAUUUUGCCUUUCUCAUUAGAACAUUUUUGUACUAUCAAACAUGCUUGUUUUUGUUUUUUUUGUCAAGGAAGCUGUUUCUGGUCCAUCCGAUCUUACAUGUAUGUACGUACUUGUGAGGAAAGACAUA